CGGCCAGGCAAAUGAAUGGACAGGCAAGGGAGGAAAGCGAAAAGGGCCCAGCCAGGUCCGUGCAAAGCGCGCAAAACGACGCGUGAUUGCAUCAUACGGGAAAAUGGCACCCCCAACUCCACCACAGGCCCAGCUAGUCUGCACCGUUCCUUUGCUGGCGAGAAAAGCAUAUAUAGGAGCCAGCCGCUCACAAUCCCAUUCAUUCCCUCCAACAACCAGACAAUCUUUUAGUCUUCAACUUCCACAAAACACAACAGCAAAAGCCAAAAUACACAAUGUCGGGCCAGAACGAACCCUCGCAGAUUAACGGCAACCUCAAGAGCGUCCAGGGACAGGUCGUGGAGCAGAUUGGCAACCUGACCGGCUCGACGGAGUGGCAGCAGAGCGGCAAGCAGACGCACGCCGAGGGCGAGGCCGAGCAGAAGGCCGCUCAGGCCAAGGCCUACGCCGAGGGCGCUGCCGACCGCGUGGGCGGCUACAAGGACUCGGUCGUCGGUGCCGUCACGGGCGACAAGGCUCAGCAGACCGCUGGCAACGUCCGAAACGAAGCUGGCAAGGCACAGCAGAAGGCCAACGAGCCCCAGUAAAUUCGUUCCCCAACUCUAUAUCCACCGUCCUCAUCACCGACUGGUUUACCCCAGACCUCCCCUCUCCUUUAUUCUUGUACCAUGUUGACGACAAAUUCAACGACAAUGUGA